UAGGUGCAGUGAAGGGUUUCAGACGAAGUGCGAGUAUCUCCUUUUGUCAUUCCUUUUGUAUAAGAACUCUUCACUUGUCUUACUUGAUUCAGGAGCCUCACAGCCCUCAGCAUUAUGGGACACGUGAUCAUCAGUAAUCAUGAAGAAUCCGUUUGCACACCUUGCUGAGCCCUUGGAUCCUGCACAGCCAGGAAAGAAGUUCUUUAAUUUAAAUAAAUUGCGGGAUUCAAGAUAUGGACGCUUACCAUUUUCCAUCAGAGUUCUCCUAGAGGCAGCCAUUCGGAACUGUGAUGAGUUUUUGGUGAAGAAAAAUGACAUUGAAAAUAUCCUAAAUUGGAAUGUCAUGCAACAUAAGAACAUAGAAGUACCAUUUAAGCCUGCCCGCGUCAUCCUGCAGGACUUCACGGGUGUGCCAGCUGUGGUCGACUUUGCUGCAAUGCGUGAUGCUGUGAAAAAGUUGGGAGGAGAUCCAGAGAAGAUAAACCCUGUCUGUCCUGCCGACCUUGUAAUCGAUCAUUCCAUCCAGGUUGAUUUCAACAGAAGGCCGGACAGUUUACAGAAGAAUCAAGACCUGGAAUUUGAAAGAAAUAGAGAACGAUUUGAAUUUUUAAAGUGGGGUUCACAGGCCUUUCACAACAUGAGGAUUAUUCCACCUGGCUCAGGAAUCAUCCACCAGGUGAAUUUGGAGUAUUUGGCAAGAGUGGUAUUUGAUCAGGAUGGAUAUUAUUACCCAGAUAGCCUCGUGGGCACGGAUUCACACACUACCAUGAUUGAUGGUCUGGGUGUUCUUGGUUGGGGUGUGGGUGGUAUUGAAGCAGAAGCUGUCAUGCUGGGUCAGCCAAUCAGUAUGGUGCUCCCUCAGGUGAUUGGCUACAGGCUGGUGGGAAAACCCCACCCUCUGGUAACAUCCACUGACAUUGUGCUCACCAUUACCAAG